AUGGCCGUGGCCUCGGCCGCGCGGCCGCCAACGCCAACACCGGAGCCGCCGGCGCUGCUGGGGUCGCUGUGGUCGACGCUGGAGGACCAGCGCGGGGCGGCGGUCCCGCUGCUCUCCUCGGCCUGGACCCUGCCGACCACCUCCCAGGACGGGGACGGGGAGGAGCAGCGGCCCAAGGAGGGCCUUCUCCGCCGGGCCGGCGGCGCCGUGGCCCGCUGGUGGGGGGCGGCGUGCGGCGCGGUGGCGGAGCUGUGGGCGUUCGCGCGGGCCGAUCCGCGGAAGCCCGUGUUCGCGGGGAAGGUCGCGCUCGCGCUCGCGCUCAUCUCGCUGCUCGUCUUCAUCCGGGAGCCGCGCGACAUCGUCAGCCACUCCAUCUGGGCGAUCCUCACCGUUGUCGUCGUCUUCGAGUUCAGCAUCGGUGCAACCUUAAGCAAAGGUUUUAAUCGGGGAUUGGGGACACUAACUGCAGGAGCUUUUGCUCUAGCAGUUGCAGAAUUGUCCAAACAUCUGGGAAAACUGGAGGAAGUAAUUCUUAUAACAAGCAUCCUUAUUGUUGCCUUUGUCACAACCUUGACAAAGCUGCAUCCGAAGAUGAAGCCGUAUGAGUAUGGAUUCCGUGUGUUCUUGUUGACAUUCUGUUAUGUUAUGGUCUAUGGGUACAACAGUGGGAAAUUCACUGAUACAGCUACAAGCAGAUUUAUAUUGAUUGCUAUUGGUGCUGCUGUCAGUCUUGGAAUCAAUAUAGGCAUCUACCCAAUCUGGGCGGGAGAGGAUUUGCACAACUUGAUAGCAAAGAAUUUCACUGGUGUUGCAAAAUCCUUGGAAGGUUGCGUUGAUGGAUAUCUGAGAUGCAUGGAAUAUGAAAGGAUUCCUUCAAAAAUACUUGUGUAUCAAGCAUCUGAUGAUCCUCUAUAUAGUGGGUACAGGGCAGCUGUUGAGGCAUCAGCACAGGAAGAAACCCUGCUUGGUUUUGCUAUAUGGGAGCCACCCCAUGGCCCUUACAAAACAAUGAACUAUCCUUGGAGGAGUUUCACCAAAGUUAGUGGAGCAUUGAGGCACUGUUCCUUUGCAGUCAUGGCAUUACAUGGUUGCAUUCUUUCAGAAAUUCAGGCACCACCAGAAAGUAGAAGGGUAUUUGCUGCAGAGAUUCAAAGAGUGGGACAGGAAGGAGCUAAAGUGUUGCGCGAGCUUGGAAGCAGAGUUAAGACAAUGACCAAGCUGAGUUCUUCAGGUAUUCUGUUCGAAGUUCACAUGGCAGCUGAAGUGUUGCAAAAAAAGAUCGAUGAGAAAUCAUAUCUUCUGGUGAACACUGAAAGAUGGGAUGCUAGCAAGCAAGCUCAAGGAAUCAAAGAAGUUUUAAAUGGCACCCGUGCUGUGGAAAAGGAAAACAAGAACAAAGAAAACAAGAAUGAUGGCACCAGUGCUGUGGAAAAAGAAAACAAAGCCAAAGAAAACAACAAUGGAGGGGUGGAACCUACCAUGGUUGAUCAAACUUUAGUGCAUCAGUCAAAGAGCUUUCUUGGAAAUUCAUUUCUAAGCAGAUUUGAUUCAGCAUCAACAAUUGACGGUUUUAAGCCACUACUUUCUUGGCCUGCUCGUAGAUCAUUCCAUCCAAACAUACCACUUGAAGAUGAGGAUUCCCAAACAUAUGAAAGUGCAAGUGCCUUGUCCUUGGCUACAUUUGCAUCACUUCUGAUUGAAUUUGUUGCCAGACUACAGAAUGUUGUUAAUGCAUUUGAAGAGUUGAGUGAGAAGGCUAACUUUAAGGAUCCUGUGGAGGAGCCUACUGCAGUUAGCACAAGUGAUGUUAGGUUUUUUGAUAAAAUACGCAAAUUGGUAGGAUUCUAG